AUGUCACAUGACAGAUGCUUAGGUAAGUCGGAGUUUCAAUUUUUUCAACCAACUUCGAAACUUGUCUUCUGUCAUCUCAUCUACACUCUAAGUACACCCUUCUGGCCCCUCAAGCCAACAUCCUCUUCUCUCCCUCCCUGUCUCUUCAUGGUGAUAUCUUUGGCCCUAUGUGGUGGUUUUUCCUCCUUUAUGGUCUCUGGCUCCUCCCUGGCCCUUUCCCUCCCUGGCCCUCCUCCCUGGUCCCCCUCCCUGGUCUUCCUUCCUGGCCCUCAUCCCUGGUCCUCCUCCCUGGUCCUCCUUCCUGGUCCUCAUCCCUGGUCCUCCUCUCUGGUCCUCCUCCCUGGCCCUCCCUGGUCCUCCUCCUUGGCCUUCCCUGGUCCUCCUUCCUGGCCCUCCCUGGUCCUCCUCCCUGGCCCUUAUGGUCUCUUCCUUCUCCUCUGA